AUGUCGACAAACAUAACUUUCCACGCAGGCUCAGUAGACAACACCGAGCGUGUUGAGCUUCUUUCUCAGAAGGGGGUCACCGUCUGGCUCACUGGCCUCAGUGCUAGCGGCAAGUCCACUAUCGCAUGCGCCCUCGAGCAGCACCUGCUGCAUAUGCACAAAUUUACAUAUCGGCUGGAUGGCGAUAAUGUUCGCUUUGGACUGAACAAGGACUUGGGCUUUGACGAGAAGUCAAGGAACGAGAAUAUUCGGAGGAUCGGCGAGGUCUCAAAACUCUUCACGGACUCAUCCUGUAUCACCCUCACCGCGUUCAUCUCACCGUACAAGGCAGACCGCGCUAUCGCUAGGGAAAUCCACGAAAAGGCCGGAUUGGGCUUCGUCGAGGUUUUUGUCGAUGCGCCUAUCGAGGUUGUGGAGCAGCGGGAUCCGAAGGGUCUGUACAAGAAGGCGCGUGCAGGCGAAAUCAAAGAGUUCACCGGUGUCUCUGCCCCUUACGAAGCUCCGGAGAGCCCUGAAAUUCACAUCAGGACGGACAAGAGCGAUGUCACCGAGUCUGUGCGGAUAAUCACUGAAUACCUUACCCAGAACAAGUACAUAUAA